GGCAGCGACCACCGAGACCCUGGCGCUCCUACCGCACCCCCCCUCCAGGGGCUAAUUUGGCUAGAACGGUGCUGAUUCUGAUUCUCAGCGACUACCUAAUAUGCGCUGGAGCUCAUCCUAGUUCAAGUGUUGAAUUCUUUUGCCGUAGGUGCUUCUGAAGAAAAUACCCAUGCAGAACUAAAAGCAUAAGCAACUGAGCAAAUAUGAAUCUUAAAAACGAGCCCGAUUUCUUUCCCAAAGACCAGAAAGGAAAUCGUUUGCUUUACUCUUCUGCUUCUCUGUUGUCUCUUUGCAGCUGCCGACAGCUGCCCGUUGAAGGAAGACUCUCUCAUUUAUUCUAGAGUGUUUUGCUUUGUUUUCUUACACAAUUUCAAAUAUAGAAUUUGAUAUAAGGCUCCAGUUGCCUGCCUGCAGGUUGAGCCCUUCGCAAUUAAAUAGGGCAUGUAGUCUUAAGAUGUGCUGAUGAUCAAAUCUUCAGUUUUGAGUUACUGAAUGUGGCAUUAUUCUGCUCUUUUUGCAUUUAAAAAUUUAAAUUUUAUUUGAUCCAGGUAAUGCUUAACCAGCCUAUUUUGCUAGCGUAGAAUUAAAGUGUGGUCGCAAAUGUUUUAUUUUUUAAAGUAGAAGCAUACAUUUUGGAGUUGAAAGGGACAUUGGAGAUGGGUUCAACCCCAGAGAAUAACUUGCCCUGGGUCACACAACUAAUUAAUAUGAUAGCUAGGACCGGAACUGAGGUUCCCUGACUUCCUCACAAAUCUGUCUGCCUCCUAUCCCUAAAGAAAACAGCCUGGGUGGCUGUUCAGAAAGCUAGAAAAACAACUUUAAAAGUGUUUGCAGAGGAGCUUGCUGUCUUGAGUGUACCUUUCUUCGCAUUGCUGUGGUUCAGGAGCUGUAAAUUACAGUUUUGGCACUAGGAGGCAGUGUUGUGUAGGGGAAGAAGCCCUGGUCUUGGCUGUAGGUUCCAUGCCUGCCUAGCUUUGUCACCUUGCCAGAGUUGCUUUAUUUUCCAUUUACUUCAGAAGAGUGUUGUGAGCAUUUGCAAGAUGAAGUUAAUAGCUAAUAUUUACUGAGCUUACUCUGUAGCACAGGCACAGUUCUAAGUGCUUUAUAUGUGUUAUCUGCAACUACUUAGGGACAUAAACCCAAACCCAUUGCCAUUAAGUCAAUUCUCACUCAUAGUGACCCUGUAAGGAUGGAGUAACUCAGGAACAUAGCUAUUGUUAUCCUCUCCAUAUUAUAGAUGAGGAAACUGAGACCCAAAAAGGUUAAGUAAUUUCACCAAGGCCAUAGAACUUUCAGUAACUAGUAUAACUGGAACACAAACCCAACAUCUGACCCUAGACCCUCCAGACGCUACCCUACCACAAUGCCUGUCACACAUGCUCAGUAAAUGACCUGUUUACACUGGGCAUGUAAACGCAAUCAUGGCCAGGUGGUCUCUUACCUGUUAAAAUCAGGAGCUGACAAAGAGAUUCUUACCACAAAAGGAGAAAUGCCAGUCCAAUUGACAUCAAGGAGAGAAAUCAGGAAGAUCAUGGGAGUGGAAGAUGAUGAUGAUGACGACGACAGCCUCCCCCAGCUGAAGAAGGAGUCAGAACUGCCCUUUGUUCCCAACUAUUUGGCCAACCCAGCCUUCCCUUUUAUAUACACCACCACAGCAGAGAAUAGAGCCCAGCUGCAGAACAGGGGCCCCUCCACACCUCCUGCAUCGCCCCCUGCAGAUGGCUCACCCCCAUUGCUCCCCACUGGGGAACCUCCCCUGCUAGGGGCCUUUCCUCGGGACCACACCUCUCUGGCCCUGGUUCAGAACGGUGAUGUGUCUGCCCCCUCUGCCAUACUCAGAACACCAGAAAGCACAAAACCAGGUCCUGUUUGUCAGCCACCUAUGAGUCAGAGCCGUUCUCUGUUCUCUUCUGUCCCGUCCAAGCCACCAGUGUCUCUGGAGCCUCAAAAUGGGACAUAUGCAGGACCGGCGCCAGCAUUCCAGCCAUUUUUCUUCACUGGAGCAUUUCCAUUUAAUAUGCAAGAGCUAGUACUCAAGGUGAGGAUUCAGAACCCAUCUCUUCGAGAAAAUGAUUUCAUUGAAAUUGAACUGGACCGACAGGAACUCACCUACCAAGAACUGCUCAGAGUGAGUUGUUGUGAGCUGGGAAUUAGUCCAGAUCAAGUGGAGAAGAUCAGAAAGUUACCGAACACUCUGUUAAGAAAGGACAAAGAUGUUGCCCGACUCCAAGAUUUCCAAGAGCUGGAACUGGUUCUAAUGAUAAGUGAAAAUAAUUUUCUGUUCCGAAAUGCUGCAUCCACACUGACUGAAAGGCCUUGCUACAACAGGAGAGCUUCAAAACUGACUUACUAAUGCAGUAGGGACUUUUAUCACUGAGGGUUGUGACAGUGUGUGUCACCUCUGGGCUAAGGACAAGCCAUUGAACUAAAUCAAGGCUAGUAUUCUACACUUCUGCCUUGGAUGCCUGGGAGGGCCCUGGUGCCACUGCGUAGUAUACACUAACACCGCCUGCCAAGGUAGGAAGCCCCUGACCCCCAAGCAGUGGUGCCACUCUUCCAAGCCUCUUGGUGCACAAUAAACCUAUUGCUUGAAGCUUUAGACAGCUGAGAAGUGGUCUGGAGAGGCAGGACCCGAAGGUUUCUAUAUCCAGUGGGCUUUACAUGUAGAAUGUGAGAGAGUUGUCUCAGCAGAAGAGGAGUGCGGAGCCUAUUUCAAGCCUCUGCUGUUGACAGUGCACCUGAAGGGCUGGGAUGCACUGUUCUUCCUGUUGCAUGCUCACAACUCCUAAAAUGUGAACUAACCAGACAGGAAAAUUGGGUACUGGACAAAUGAAUUUUAGCGUGACUUGUAGCUGUGAGGUUUCAUAUGACAUAGUUAUAAAUGUUACUCAGGUUAAAAGUAUUUAAGAAUACAGUUACCUAAUUGUAAAUAGGCUGUUAACCAAAAGAGCUUCCCCUUCCCCGCCUUUCCCUCCGUAACAUUCACACCUGCUUCUGUCUCUAGUCAGCCAUUGCCCAGUUGUCUCUGCAUUAACUCCCCUUCGUGGUCACUAGAGGGCUCUCUGAUGAUUACUAAAAGAGUCGCCCACUUUCCACUCUGAAGCAAUUCCUGCCAUCUACAUGUUUGAUUGCACCGAACGAGAAGAGCACAAACAUUGCUGGUCCGUGUUUUCCACUUUCAUUUUCCACUAGAAAUGAAAAGCAAUUGUUCAGACUGAAUCUGUUGCUAUUUUAAAGGUUAUCGUGGGAACCUGAGCUAAAGGAGUUAGCAUCUUUAUUUUUGUAUCAAAGAUAAAGGUUAUUUUGAAAUUAUUAGAAUUUUCACACAACUCUGAAAUCUGUUGCUUUUGUAAACAAAUUGUUUGAUCUAGGGAUGCCCCCGUUUCCUGCCACCGAUCUACUUAACACAGCCAGUUGUGAGUCUACCAGGCUUUGUUCUGAAGUAAAUGAAAAAAAAAAAAAAAAA